AUUGAACAGAUUGCAUCGAAACGAACAACGCGCGCUACGAGGAACGAGUACCUCGUAUCUCUCUUUUGUUUUCUGUAUAAAUUAAGAUGGAAGAUGCCGCAUUUUGUUUGAAAUGGAUGGUUUUUUCGACGCUAUUCUGUAUUCUGAAUGCAGGUGAUGCCCCGAUUGUGUUCCCGCAGGACGAUCACCUCACACUUGCCAGUCGGUACGAGCUGGAUAUGGACGACAUGGAGUACGAGCGGGACAGCGAUGGUGACUCACGUGUGCCACAGUUGGCGAUACCACGAAACGAUUACGAUAACUACGUGCGUCUUCCGGACAAGAAUGGAGAGUUCGAAGUGGUCUCGAGGAUAAGUGUCGUGGAGAGUCGGAAAAACAGCAGCAACUAUGAUGCUGCAACGUAUGUCAAGUUUCGAUUCUACGCCCGCUCAAACAACUACCAGCCGGUGGAGGUGAAGUUUGACGAAAUUCAGUUCCUGCCCGAUCAUCAUGGUUUUAACACGGCUUUGCCGACGAAAAUCCUCAUCCACGGUUGGUUGGGUAGCUCUGAGUCGGAGGUUGGUGAACCGUUGGCUUUGGAGUUUUUAGAACAGGGAGACUAUAAUGUGCUGGUAGUGGACUGGGAAGAGGGCGCCAGUACCUUGCUGUAUCCGGUUGCUAGAUAUAGAGUUCCGAAGGUGGCUGAUCUGGUAGCAGCCCUUAUUAAUAAUCUCUUGGAAUUUGGCCAAACUUCAGACCAGAUUGGAAUGGUAGGACAUAGCCUAGGGGCUCACAUAGCCGGCCUGGCAGGAAAGCAGGCGAAAGAAAAAGUUGCUUUCAUAAUCGGGUUAGAUCCGGCUUCGCCCUUGUUCCGCUACAAGAAAUACAUGGAGAGAUUGUCCGCCAAUGAUGCCCAAUACGUGGAGGUGAUUCACACGAACGGAAAAAUUUUGGGAUUUUUCAAGAAUAUUGGAAAUGCGGAUUUUUAUCCAAAUGGUGGAAUAACGCAACCGGGAUGCGGUUGGAGUUUAACCUGCCACCACGAACGGUCGGUUCAUUACUUUAAGGAAUCACUGCGGGAGAAAAACUAUUUGGCUAAGCGCUGUGCCGAUGUGGAGAACUUGAGUUCCCAGUGUUCCCUCGGCCGGGCAGCACUUGGGGGAUCCGAGCUGAGGCGAGCGAAUAAAAAACCAAGUGGAGUGUAUUAUGUGAUCACGGCAGCAACUAAACCUUUUUUGAGAUCGACCGCUGAGGCUGCAUAGGAUAAUAGUUGAAAUUUUAUUCGGGCGUCAUCUUUGUUGUAAAAAAAUUAUUUGAGUUCAAGCUAAAUGAAUUGUGAUAGCUGCACGUUUACACAUAAGACACAAAUAUAAAUAAACUUAUUUGACU